AACAACAGACACAAUGGAGAAAGUCAUUUUCUUCUGUAUUUUUUCUUCCUGGAUUAUGCAAACAGGUUCCAGUGAUGUUUCAGAACAUGAUGUAACUCUAUUAAGAGUCCAGCUAAACAAAAGCAUCAGCCUGAACUGCAACAUGACUGACAGAUAUGAAAUUGCAUGGUUUCACCAGUAUUCUCAACAAUUAAAUCAACUGCUAUCUGCAAAGACUAGCAGUGCGUCAGGAAGACUUCUAGUUAUGUACAAUCAAAACUGGAGUCGUCUGAACAUUGAUGAUCACCACGGAGAUGUGGGGAUCACCACAGUCAUGCUAGUUAUCUCUGGAGUAACAGAGUCAGAUUCAGGCCUUUAUUUCUGUGGAACAAAAUCAGAAACGUCAAAGUCUUCAAAGAUGCACUUUGAUAAACCCAUCAGACUACAGAUCGAGGACAAGCUGACAGAUGGAGAGUACAAAACUCAUUCCGUCACAGAUCCGCCAGAGGAUGCUGAGCUCACAGAUGGAGUGACUACAAAAGAGAGGGCAUUGAUGUUCGGUGGUGUUGGUCUGGCUGCGUUGGUGUUUUUUCUGGCUACAGUAAUUGCAGGAGGAAUCAUUCACUAUCGCGGCUGGCAGAAAGGAUGGACCGCAGCCAAACGCUCAUCUCUCAUGAAUCACAAAUCAGCUAAAUAACUUCUGGUUUAUUUCAUA